AUUGGGCGAAGCGGGGGUCACGUGGGUAGCGCGGCGCUGCCUGCGCGCCGGAAGCGGAUCCCGCCGUGGCCGUGGCGACGGGACGCGGCGGGGCCGGGCCGCGCCCCGCCAUGGAGGGGCCCCCCGCGGCCCCCGGGACCGACGACCCCGACCGGCAGGCGCAGGAGUACGUCACCCGUCUGCGGGGCCCGGGGACCCCCCCCGGCCGCCCCCCGCCGCCCCCCGUCACCCCGACCCCGGGGCCCAGCCCCCCUGCACCCCUCCCGCGUCCCCCCCCGGGGCUGAAGCGGCCGCCCCCGGGCGGGGGGGGUGCAGGGGGGCUGCUGGCGCUGCCGUGGGAGCUGCUGCUGGAGAUCUGCGGAUACCUGGGGGCGCGGGAGGUGCGGGGGGUCCUGCCCCGCGUCUGCCGGGCGCUGCGGGACGUGGCCCGGGACGCCGUGGCCUGGCGGCUCCGUCUGCAGCGCAGCGCCCGCGGCCCCUUCCCCGUCCUGGAAGAGGAGGGGUUCGACUGGUCAGCUGCCUGCGUGGACGUGGAGGAGCACCUGCAGCGCUGGGGGGGUGGCGGGGCCCCCAUGGAGCACUUCUCCCUGGAUGAGGGUCACUUCGCCUCCGUCGACUCCGUCCUCCUCCUGCAGGGAGGGACCCUCUGUGUUUCGGGUGCCCGCGACCGCAACGUCAACCUGUGGGACCUGCGGCAGCUGGGACGGGCCCCCGGCAAGGUGCUGGUGAAGGCGCUGGGCACCGAGCGCAACGGGACGCACAAGGGCUGGGUUUGGUGUUUGGCCUCCCGGGACAACAAGGUGUGCUCGGGCUCCUGGGACAGCACCGUGAAGCUGUGGGACCUGGAGGCUGAGGGGCAGCAGUUUGGGGAGAUCAGGGAGAAGGCGGCCGUGCUCUGCCUCUCCUACCGCCCUGACGUCCUCGUCACCGGGACUUACGACAAGACAGUGACCAUCUAUGACCCACGAGCCGGCCAGGCCCUGGUGCGCAGCUACAAGCCCCACGCUAGCGCCGUCCUGUCCCUGGCCGCUGACGACCGGCUCAUCGUGUCGGGCAGCGAGGACCGGACCCUCGUUGUCUUUGACCGUCGUGCCGAUGGGGUCCUCCAGCGGCUGCAGCUGGAAAACUACCUGCUCUCCAUGUCGUACCGGGGCACACAGCUCUGGGCCGGGGACAACCAGGGACGGGUGUAUGUCUUCGGGAACAGUGCCGGCAGCUUUCAGCCUGCCCGGUACUUUGAUGUGGGGCACCGGCUGCAGAUCACGGGGCUCUGGCACUCGCUGGGGUCUCUGUACACCACAUCCACCGACAGGACGCUGCGGAUACACAUCCCUACAGACCCUCCCCGCACCAUCUGCUCCUGGACGCACGACGACGUGCUCAAUGGGAUCAGCGUGGAGGGCGACGUGGUGGCAGCUGCUUCCGGGGGCCUCUCAGUUGAGGUGUGGAGGCUCCGGACCUGACGUGCUGCUGCUGCCCCGUGCUUGCACUGCCCGGGAAGGGGGGGCUGGGGGGCUCCCCGCCGCCGGGGGGGUCUGUCCCCGCUCCCAGCGGGGUCCCACCGAGCGUGGGGACCACCCUGUGCCCCCUGACAUGGAGGAGAUGGGCCCAGCGGGGCUGGGAGCUGCUGCCUGUCUGUGGGUAUUAAAAGGAUUUGACUGGA